GACCUAUUCUUGUCCUUGUUCCAAGCAAUACACGUUACCCGCGUACAACCUUUGUAACUAACCUCUUUUGCCGAGGUUGACACCGGACUCCCGACUCCAGACUCCAGCGCUCCAGCGUCAGCAUCGCAACAAACACCAACGCUCCUGCAAGGUUCCUUGGGACAUCACAGGCUCCUUCCUAGCUUCCUAGUCGGCUCGCGGCGGUUUAAUAAACAGUGGCUCCUACUACUCCAACCUCUUACCGACCCGCACCACACCUCCCUCUACCCACCCACCUACGCACACCUCCACGCACAACGCGACACUCGCCCGCCCGCCCGAGAUAGGUUAUGACAUGGGAGAGGAAAGGGCUGGACAGUCGACCACCAUGCCAUUCACCGACCCCGACGAAGCUUGGAACUCCAAGUUUUUCGAGAUUGACAACUGGCGGAGGAACAGCCCGCCCAUGAUGCAAAUCCCGCCCAUCCGCCACGGCAGAGACGUGUAUGCCGCGCUCUCAGACCGGCCUUUGGACGUCGACUUUGCCGUCGCCGUCGUCAACGCGUACGUGUGGACCAAGCAGGUGGAGGGGCUCGACCGCGAGACAAUACGCAAGCGGCUCGCGUUUGUCGAGCGCGAGGUGUUGAUCAUGAACGAUCUCCGCUGUUGCGCACACGCGUUCGCCACCAUCCGCGACGACCACGGCCUCGGAUUCUCCCCCGUCCUCACGUACAUUGUCGAGCGCGAGGGCGAGGGGAGCAUCUCGCCCCCGCCCAGCAGGAGGGGGACGGCAGAGCUCGAGGUCACCCAGCCCCAUCUGCUCGCCGCGUCGGAUUAGUGCCCGCGCACCCUCAGGGGCUGUUUGCCUCGUCCUCGGAUAUCCGCCCUCGCCCUCCUUCUCUGCCUGCCCAUGUGUGCCAUCAUUUUGCUGUUGUAGUAGACACUGUAGACGUCUUUUUCUUCUG